AUGGCAUCUCCAACUCUCUUCAAGCUGAUCUUCCACGUCCCGACAACUGCUCUCGAGGCCUGCAAAACCGCAAUCUUCGCAGCUGGCGCUGGCAAGUAUCCUGGACCCGGGAACUACACCGAAUGCUGCUUCACCACCGUUGGAACAGGCCAGUUCCGACCCGGAAACUCGGCGAACCCGCAUAUAGGCAGCGUAGGGACGCUCGAGCACGUCGAGGAAGCGAAAGUCGAGACGCUCUGUGUUGGUGAAGAGGUCGUUAAAAAGGCCGUUGCUGCACUGAAGCAGGCACAUCCAUAUGAAGAGCCUUCCUAUGAGGUUUUUAGGAUGGAGGAUUUCUAG